AUGUGCCCGGGGAUCUCGGCGCGGCUGGCACAGCAAUGCUCCAAGUUUGCAGCAGCACGGGUGCAGGCCUCGAGUAGACGCCUUGCCUGCUGCUUUAUUGCCACCGCCACGAUCGGGAGCAGCAGCCUCCCCGACUCGCACCCCGUAUACGAGGAGCUCCGUGAUCGAAUUUCAAGGUACGCGCAGAGCCCAGCGGCCGACCCCCAGAUGGCGACACAGGCCGCAGCCUCCGACGUCUUCCUCUAUGGGUCGGAAAUGGCGGCCAUCUACCACGUCCACCAGUCCAUUUCAGUCUGGAAGACCGGGUUGACCGUCCAGGCGGGCCUGCCACCUAAGGGCCAGAAGUAUGGUCGUACCGUCUCGGGACGGAGGCCGACCUGGAUGAUCUGGCCUCCCGGCUGGAGCGGCUGGGAUGCGAAGAUGCGAGCUGGCUGCAAGCCAUCUGCCGACCAGCACGACGUCCUUGUCAUCGUAGACGACAGCGUCGCCAGCUUUGCCAACGUCGAUCUGAUGGGGGUGGCGGACAUCGUCGUCUUCUCGUUGUCCAAAUACUUCAGCGGGUAUGCCGACAUGGCCACCACGCACGAGAACAGCCUUUUCGUCGACGACGCCAUCGGGUUGGAACGUAACAGCCGGGACUUCUCGACACGGAUGGCGCGCAUCAAUGUCACCACUGAGUACCUCGUCAGCCAGCUGGUCGCCCGCGUCGCGGAUCCCACGAGCCCGCUGACCCGCGUCCUCUACCCGUCCCUAUCCCUUCUCCCCAUCCCGGAACGAACAACGGGCCUUGCCCCGGGUGCGGGGGCGACUUCGAUGAGUUUUGCCGACGUCGGCGGUGCCGCGGCGUUCUUUGACUACUUAGACGUCUAUAAGGAGCUCUCGUUCGGGGCGGAUGUCUGCAUUGCCGCGCCCUACAUGCAGAUGACGGGGCAGGUCAGUCAGAAGCAGCAGCAGCAGCAGCAGCAGAACGACACAAGCGCAAAUGAGACCCUCGUCCGGUGCGCCGUGGGCGUGGAACAACUAGAGGAAAUCCUUCAGCGCGUGCCCCGGGCGCUGGAUGCUGCGAGCCUAGCGUUCACGGCCUAG